AUGAAUCUGACGUGUUGGUCAUGAGAGAGUGACUCAUGCAGUAGAUCUUUAAUUCCGCCUUUGAACCAGUUUUACUUUCAUACACAACUCUCGACUAGACAGAACUUCAUCGGGUGUGCUCAAGUCAAAGCAGAUCCCCACCAGCUGCAACCUGUUCCAUAAUCAAGAUCGCUCCAAGUCGUUCCUCCAAAGUAGACAAGUCGUUCCUCCAUGACGUGAACGUGGCCUAAGCCUCUGUACUACUCGAAUCCUUCUAACUUGUUGAAACUCGCCGAACAAUGACUCCCACCAAGACAAGCCAGGACGGCUCUCACCAUGACAGCUCAGUGGUUGCAUCCGCCUCAAAUUUCCCCCCAACACAGAUUCAUAUCAACAAAGGUUCCAUCCUAACCCCCUCUGAUGGCUCAGGGGACUCAGCAGGGUGGUCAGCCACUGUGAAGACCCCAGCCUCCGGGACCACCAGAGCCACAGCCAGCCAGGCCAGGGGAGCAGGAGCAAAGACCACAGAUGCACGUUACGCCAAAAAGAACAUCCCUACUGUCAGAUAUCAUCCUGACAUCCCAGAGAAGAAACCUGAGGCCCAUCAGCAUAGUCAUAGCCCUGUCAAGAGCAGCCAGGUCAGGGGUAAGCCUUUGAUCUCUCCCCCCAGGACCAACCAGGUUGGGGGGAGCUCCGUGGUCUCUCCCCCCAGGCCCGAAGCCAUGCCCCUGGGGUUAGGUCAGAAGAUGGAGGGUGGUGUUGUGGAGGCGGUGGAGGUCCAGACCCGGGGCCAGAGGGAGAACCCCAGCUGGUUCGCCUGGCGUCAGAACCGCAUUACAGCGUCCAUCGCUCACCGCCUCGCCCACAGCCGCUUCGUCACUGGCCAGAGCCAGACCCCGCCUGCUUCCUAUCUGGCCUCCAUCACCGGCCGUGGCACCAACGUCAAAACCCGCGCCAUGAACUGGGGCAUUGAGCGGGAGGCCGAGGCCGUGCGGAGAUAUCAGAGCCUGAAGAGCAAGGCCCUGGGCCGGGCGGUGAGGGUGCAGGAGUGUGGCCUAUUCAUCGACCCCAAGCGCCCCUGGCUAGCAGGCAGCCCUGACGGCAUUGUAGAGGACCAGAGGACCGGCCAACGGCUGCUCUGCCUGGAGGUCAAGUGUCCCUACAAGCACCGUCUGAACACUGUAGCCCAGGCCUGUAGAGAGGACCCAGCCUUCUGCCUGACGAUACAGGACCAGGGUGUGGGACAGGUGAGGUACCAUCUGAAACCAGACCACACCUACUACACCCAGAUCCAGUGCCAGCUGGCGGUGACAGGGUUAACCCAGGCUGACCUAGUGGUGUUCACCCUGAAGGAAACAGCCAUCAUCCCUGUGACCUUUGACCCUACCUUCUGGGAUGACACGCUGGUCAAGCUGGAGAUGUUCUACACCAACGCUGUCCUGCCCUACGUCAGAGACAACGGACUGGACGUACCAGCCAUGAGGCCAGAGGAGUAGCUAGCAGUCCAGGCAUGUCUGGACACUGAACACACAGGGGGUGGCUAGCUGGUUCAGGAUGUCAGAUAUGGAAGUCCUGAGACAAACUGUAGUUGUGUCUGUGGUGAAGGUCUGGGUAGUGUAAGUGGUAAAGGGCAAUGGAGACUGCAUAGAUAAGUGGUGGAGGAACCUUCUGCUUUUGUCAGGUAGGCUUGGAGAUUUGAAUCUAUCACUUUACUGUCAAAUAUUUGAAUGUAAAUAAACCAUGCCUGCCUUAAGUAAUCUCAGAUACCUGGAGCUGAUUUCAUGCAUGCAGAGAUCAACCUAUAUGAUCAUCAGUAGUGUGGCAGCUGACUGGAACAUAGAGUAGUUGUGCUGGAGAUCGGGUGCUUAAAUGGACACUAGAAGAUGACAUGCUUAAUGAUCGUGAUGCUUUGCUCCAUUAAAACAAGACCAAACCACAUUAUCUGGUCUGGUGACUGAUGUUGUGUACAAGGUACUUGUGAAAAGAAUAUGUAAUUAUGUAAACAGAAUAACAAUGAGACUAACGAGUUAGUCCUUGACCUUUAUUACUGCAUGUGUCACAUAUAAUAAACAACUCUAAGAAAA